AUUCGUUACUCGCCGCAUGUUGUCUCAGGAAUAAACCUUCCCGUGUAUGUAGACUGUCCAACGGAGUCGCGUCGGGUGUAGCUACGUCGAGGCCGUCGAGCGCAGCGGACAGCAGUGACCGAGCGAUAUCGGACGCCCCAUCUGCGGGCGACUAAAUGUCUGGGCGAGGUCCGCGACGGCCAUGUCCCUCCACCGCCUCAGGUCCUCUGGCCUCUCCCGCCUCCAUCUUGUCCCCAACCACCAUCAUCCCCAGCGGCACUGAUCCAUGCUGUCCUUCACCGCGCCCCGGACCCCGCCGUGGCUCGUCGUCAAGGCAGGCUCGACCAUCGCGCCCGGUGAACGCCUUACGCUUGGCCGCCAGGCCUCCCUCAUUGUUCCGCGCCUUUACCUCUCGAAUAUGUUCACCGCACGCGACCGCACACAGCUCAUCGAUCUGGGCGUCACACAUAUCUUGAGCGUCAUGGAGGAGGCUCCGAAAAUGCCACAAGGCCUUGGACUCAGUACCCUCCAUGUCCCGAUACGAGACGAGGUCGGUGCGGACAUACUCGCCUAUCUCGAGGAGACCACAGAGUGGAUCAAAGCUGCUCUCGCAGAGAACGACACAAAUACAGUAUUGGUACACUGCGUUGUAGGCAUGUCCCGCUCUGCCACCGUCGUUUGUGCGUAUGUAAUUGCUACGACGAACAUGACGGCUUUGGACGCCAUCGGUUUCGUUACGUCCAAGCGUCCCGUAGUUUCCCCCAACAUCGGGUUCCGGAAACAGCUGGAGCAGUACUACCUGCGAAUACACCCAGACGCACCAAAGUCACAGUCGCCGAAGCUGCACCCAAGGUUGGGGUUGGGCCUCGGGAAACUGCGCCUCUGGCGGACGUCCGUUCCAGCGCCUUCACACAAAGCGGAGCACGCAACGCGGAUCCUCCAGACGACAUCGACGCUUGCUGUGACAUCCGCGAAAGCCGAGGAGUCACCCAAGACUACCGAUGCACCUCUUUCUCUGACCAAUGAAGUGCAGGUUGCAGAGCUAUUGAAUAGUUGUUGAUUUUCGUCCUGCAUCAGAUCCCCUCUCCGGCACUUACAUGUCGUCGUGUCCAUCACUACCUCACAUCGCGUUCUGAAUCUGCUCUGACAUUACCCACA